CUGUACGUGAAAUCAACACCUGUUGCCGGAGGGUUUUAAAAAGAAAACGCUCAUAUUUCAGGUAGUUUUCAACGCCACAAGAGAUCAAGGCCUGCUUAUAGUCGGCAAGAUAGUGACCUGGAGCUCCACACGGAACCAACUGAGGCACACGCAGGACUCAAAGGGAUUUAGGAAGGAUGUGUUUUUAAAAGGAAAUCUCACAGCGGCCGCACACCGGUAACCGAGCUACAGGUAGGAUCUGUCAAGGAAAAAACCCACAGCAGUUAAAAAUUGAACAUGCUGCAGGUUGUAUGAGUGACAGAUAUGGGGUCAGCGAGAUCAUCUUUGCAGACUUUCACUGUGGUGGCACUUUUUUGCCUAUUUUUGAGCGUCGAAGGUGCGAGGCCAGAGGUGCGUGGAAAGGUGGGAGGUGUGGUGGAGUUGGAGUGUAGUUUUCCUCCAUCAAAGCCGGCUGCUGUGUCCUCAGCGUCCCUGCAUGUGGUAGAAUGGGUCCGACAGGGACUUGACAUCCCCGUCCUGAUCAAAUUUGGAUCCUACUCCCUUCGCCUUCAUCCACAAUAUGAGGGGCGGGUGUCUCUGGUCCGCAACACUGACCUGAGGCUGGGCGACCUUCAGCUGCACGACUAUGGCUUGUACGAGUGUCGAAUCCUCUUACUGGAUGAACCCAUGGAUGAGCUGCAAAACGGCACCUGGACUCUGCUUUCUAUAACUGCACCACCCAUCUUUACUGAAGCCCCGCCUCCUGUGGUGGAGGCUCUGGUUGGAAGUCCCCUCUCUCUUGCAUGUGUUGCUAAUGGCAACCCCACUCCAACCAUCACUUGGUUAAAAGAUGGCAGUGUGAUACAAAGAAUAAAUGAUCAGGAAGGAGCGUUCUCUCUGCGAGCAGUGAGCAUGCAGUCAGCAGGACAGUACACCUGCCACGCCUCCAACUCUGAGGGAAACGUGACUCACGUGACAAAAGUGAAAAUCAAAGGUCCGCCUGUUAUUGUCGUCCCUCCCAGUAGCACCUCUCUGAACAAGUCCCAGAAUGCACUCCUCCGGUGCCAGGCGGUGGCUGACCCCCCCAACAUGACCUACGUGUGGCAGAAAGGUGAAGAGAACGUCCAUCACAUUGAGUCUCUGAAGUCGCGAGUGAAGAUUAUGGUAGAUGGAACUCUACUCAUCUCCAGUCUCAUCCCUGAGGAUUCUGGGAACUACACCUGCAUGCCGAGCAAUGGCCUGCUGAACCCGCCCACCGCCUCCGCCAACCUCACUGUGAUGCACCCAGCCCAGGCUCUUCCAAUGCCCCAGCAAACGUACCUUCCCACAGGUAUGGAGGGCAUGGUCACCUGCCCAUCGGCCGCUCAGCCUCCGCUGCUCCGUGUGGAUUGGACAAAAGAUGGAGAACCACUUGAUCUGUCCUUGUAUCCAGGAUGGACCUUAACACCAGAUGGCUCUUUGCUCAUGACCACAGUCAAUGACGAUACAGCCGGCGUGUACACCUGCACUCCAUACAACAGCUUCGGCAGCAUGGGUUCAUCCGAGCCAACAGACGUACUUCUACAGGAUCCCCCAUCAUUCAGCGUCACUCCAGAGAAGCAAUACAAACAGGAGGCCGGCAGGACCCUGCUCAUUCCCUGUCGAGGAAACGAGGACCGAAAAAUUAAAGUGACCUGGAGCAAGGUCGACUUGGUUCGUCGCACAUCUUACUCCAUAGAACCCAACGGUUCUCUGCUCCUGCAGCCUCUCACUAAGGACCACCAGGGGGCGUGGGAGUGCACCGCUGCUAACCGUGUAGCCUCGGUGAAAGCCAGCACACAAGUCUUUGUCCUGGGAACCAGUCCCCAUGCGGCUACCUCUCUGUCCGUCUCUCCAGGGGUGAAGCAGGCCAACGUUUCCUGGGAGGCAGGCUUUGAUGGAGGAUCAGCACAGACAUUUUCAGUUUGGGUGAAGAAGACUUCAGCGGGUGAUAAUGAUGUGAAGCAGGACUGGUUUUCUGUGCGCGUGCCCCUGUCCUCUGGCAACGGGCUGCAGGUGACGGACCUGUCUGCUGCCACCGACUACCAGUUCAGCAUACUGUCUCAAAAUAAGAUGGGCACAGGACCAUUCAGUGAGAUUACCGCCACGCGGACUUUGGAUCCUCCGCCGAGGAGAAGCAAACUGAAGCCCCCUGUGUCGCUGUCAGCUAAUCAGGGCACAGCAGGUGUCGUACUGCGAUGGUCCCUUCCUGAAGCUCAGCACCCUCCCAUCACAGGCUUUCUUCUCCAAUUCCGCACAAAGGAAGGGGAGUGGUCUCCUUUGGACGAGGACAUCAGUGCCAACAGUAGCGAGAUAGUCGUUCCGGGUCUGCGCAAGGACUGUGUGUACGAGCUGCGGCUGCUAUCUCGUCGCGGGGAGUUGCUGAGCGAGCCCAGUCCAUCAGUCAAUGUCUCCACCAUGGGGAUGGACAUCUACCCCGCCACAUCCCGACUCCUGGAGUUCGUCCCGGAGCCAUUACUGGCCGGCGUGCUGGGCGGGGUCGGCUUCAUGUGCUUGGCGCUGGUCUUGCUGCUGGGGUCCGCCUGUGUCAUCAGCCACAAGAGGGAUGGCCGUCGCAGAAAAAAGAAGGAUGAACCCACUUCUGCCAUCUAUAAAUGCUCCCCAUCAAUAAAGACUUCAGGCACUGGCAGUCCAGACAGUGUGUUGAAGAAAAACCUCCUUCCAGCCAGCAUCCUCUAUCCCACCACUUCCUCUACCACCACCACCUCCUCCUCGCAGACAGACUGUUCUUCCUUUAGCACUGAGAAUCAUCAUCGCGGGAAGCAACUCCUGUCCAAUCACAGCAGAGGCCGCCUUACUCAGACGACUUCUUCCCCCAUUUCUCCACCAAUUGAGUUGAUCUCUCGACGCCCAGAUGGGCGCUUCGCACUACCGUACGACAGUGACGCGCCAGGCAUUCACGCCAAGAAAAGCGGAAGGUAUGAGCAAGCUAGAGUCCGAAGGUCUGUGUCGCUGCACUCAGAACGGGAAGACAGGAAGCAGCCAGCGUUUGUGCUUUCUGUUGAUCUCCCGCCCUGCACACCAAUAGAGGCUAAUUCCACAAACCAAAUUUGCAGCAUUGCCCAACACCUGCCCCAUCACCGCCCUUAUAUCUCAGAUCAGAAGGCAAGCUAUGAACCUGACUUCAACAGCAUGUGCUCCAUUAGUAGUUUGCCCACCAUUUCUCAUCAAGGCCGAGAAAUAACUCCCACAUUUCCAGUGCUCCCGCAUAUCCGAUCCGGGAUAGGUCAGCCAUCGAUGACCGCCAGCGCUCUGGUUCUCCAAAUGGAGCACGAGCGUGAGAGAGGAAACCUGAGUCGCUGCCUGAAGCUGGCUCAGGAGAGGGAGGAGCUGGAGAUGGAGCUCCAGAGGUACACACUGGAAAGAGGCUCCAUGAGAGAAAUGAAGAUAGAGCAUUCAGAGUUGGAGAGUAGAGAGGCUGCUGGUAAUGAGCUUGUGUGGGAAUAUAAGAGCAGCACCUUGCCACACAAAUACCCCCAGGGCGGCAAGGAAAACUUUGCUCUGCCACAGAGCCCUUUUUCUUCAUCCUCUGUGCAUUGGGAUGCCCAUCCUCUUCUCUCUCCUUUUACUCUGAACCCGGCCCAGACCCGUUUCAGAAUGUCUUCCCCUGUGAGUCCCUCUGUUUUUAACUCCGGGCAACCAUCAUGCUGCUCCACCCUUCACCAAACAGACCCCACUCCAGUCUGAGGAGACAGGCAGUUUUUCCAAAGGCA